AUGAGGUACGAUUGCCUGAGGAGCGUCCGGAAGAUUGCAGAACCUCUCCGGAGAUAUGGGCCCGCAGGGGGGAGAGGUUGCAGGCGCUGCUCAGCUGGAGGGAUCCGAGGGCCACCGCCUCCUCAUCUGCUUCUCCCAGAUCGCCGCCGCCGUCCUGUACCUCAUCCCCUUCCGAGUGGUGGCCCUCCUCACCGGAUUCUACACCCUCAGGCACCCCCGCUUCCGCCACAAGCUCCCCUCGCCGCCGCUUAACUUCCUCCGCCGCCUCCCUGCUAGAACCGACACCAUGCUAUGA